AUGGCUAAAAGUUGUGGGGAGCACAGCAAGUUUUCUUUGAGACUUGUCGUCGAUGAAGAGAAGAAGAAGGUUGUUUUGGCUGAGGCUUGUAGUGACUUUGUUGAUGUGCUCUUUAGCCUUCUGACACUGCCAAUGGGAACCAUUGUCAGACUGCUUGAGAAGCAUCGAAAAUCUGAGAUUGGUUGUCUUAGCAACCUCUAUAAGAGUGUUGUGGAGAUGGGCAUUGAUGAUUUUGAGACUGAAGCAUGUAAGCAGAUGCUCCUUUAUCCGAGGAGUCUGAGGGAUGUCCAGUGUAAAAGGCUUAAGCUCAACUUACACCCUACUGACGGCGUCAAGAUGUUUGCGUGCCACACUUGGAGAAGCUGUAAUAUGUGCAGUAAUUUUAGCACUUCUCGAUGUCCAUGUGGAAAGUUGAUGGAGAAGGCUAUUCCGGUACGAGUAGGAGCAGAAGAUGUAGACAAGAUACAAAAUGGAGUAUUUGUGAGAGGCAGGUCUUCAUUCAUCAUAACUGACGACUUAAAAGUGGCAGUUAGGUCCAUUGACCUUGUCUUGACAGAGCUCAAAUCAGUAGGUUGUGGUGAUUUUAGUAAGGUUGGAGAAAGGCUUGUUGAUAUCGGUUUUGAAGAGGUCAUGACUCUGCUACAAUGCAUCUUCUCUUCAAAUGCUCCCUUGACGGACACGUUCUUGAACAAGCGAAGCCCACGAGGUCUGUCGACGAAGACAUGUGAAACGACAAGUACAUACAAGGAGAGAAAAACAGAAGAAGUGAUAACUGUGAGUGCUAUCGUGAGGAAACAUGAGACGAAGAUCUUACACCUUGAGUGCGGUGAAGAUUUUGUUGACCUUCUUUUCACUUUUCUUGCUCUUCCGCUGGAAUCCGUGUUGGAAAUCUCUGGUAACAGCUCCACUUUUGGGUGCAUUGGAAAUCUGUUCAAAAGCUUCAAGGAGUUGAGUGCUACACAAGUUUCAACAUUCAAAGCCGUGAUCCCGCAUUACUAUAAAUGUCAGAAGCAGUUGCUCAAUAUCAUCACUGAGCAACGUCCUUCCUGGAAGAGAUUAGUUGAUGGGGAACCUGUGGUUUUGAUUGAUCCAAAAUCUGAUGGAAACGACCAACCAACACAAGCAAGAGGGUUCGCCAAGAGAGACACAAAGUUUGCAGUAUCAGAUGAUCUGGUCAUUACGCCGAUGAACUCCAUCUCAACCUUUUGCUUCCUGAAGAAGUUGCAGGCUCAAGCUUCCGAUCUGGAGGUGAAAGAAAUAAGCAUCACCAAAACAGAGGCUACAAGUUUAUUGGAAGCUUCCUUGUUGACAUCCUCUGCACUGAACGCUGCUUUAUGGAACUUGAUUGCCAAGAAACUGAAGGAUGAGACCUGA